AUGGCUCCCGCAAUCCAAGGCCGAAAGAUCGCAAUCACUGGCGCCAGCGGCCAGGUCGGCAAGCCCACCAUUGACGCUCUCCUGAAGCACGGCGUCCAUACUAUCACCGCCAUUCAGCGAGAGGGAGCCACCAGCACCUUCCCGGCCGGUGUUAUUGUCAAGAAGGGCAACCUUGAGGAUGAAGCCUUUCUCGCCGAUGUGCUGAAGGGCCAAGAUGCUCUGGUCCUGAUGCCGCCUCUGCCUCAGCUUGUAAGCCUCCAAGAGCCUGCCAUUCGCGCCGCCGCCAAGGUUGGCGUUCCCUACAUCUUCCCGUCCGAGUUUGGCCCCGACCCCUUCGCUGGCCAGCUCACGGAGGAAAACGGCCUCUUGAUUGCGAAGAAGAGCAUCCGCGACUUGAUUGAGAGCCUCGGCGUCAGCAGCUGGGUAUCCAUCGCCGUUGGCCCGUGGCUUGAUGGCGGUCUCGGCGCUGGCCUCUGGGGCAUUGACCCCAAGGCCCGGAAGGCAACCAUCUGGCGUGGCGCCAACGCCAAGGCCAACACGGCGAGCAUCGCCCAUACUGGUCAGGCCGUUGCUGCUACACUGGGCCUGCCCGAGGCCGAUCUCGCCAAGUACAAGAACAAGGGCGUGUACACGCCGUCUUUCCACGUCACUCAGCGAGAAAUUCUCGACGCUGUUCAGCGCGCCACAGGCACAACUGACAAAGACUGGGACAUCACCACGCGGGAUGUGAACGAGGUGGCCAAGGAGUACGAGGAGAAGAUCAGCCAGGGAGACGGCGUGGCCCCGUUCACAAAGUUCUUUGUUACGCACUUCCUGGAGGGUCACGGCGGUGACUUCCAGCACAAGGUGGAUGCGGCUGAAUUGGCCAAGCUGGAAAGGUUGGGCCUCCAGAGGGAAACCAUUGAACAGGUCAUCAAGGAUGCGCUGCAGUGA